AUGGUGAUGGUAAACAUUUGGGCGAUGCAGAGGGACCCGAGGUAUUGGAAAGACCCGGAGACGUUUGAGCCCGAGAGAUUCGAGAAUGAAGAACUGAGUUUCCUGGGUAGUGAUUUUAAGUACAUGCCAUUUGGAAUUGGGAGAAGAAUAUGCCCCGGGACGACGUUCGGUUUGGCCGCCGUGGAGUCGCCGUUAUCCCAAUUGCUCUACCACUUCGAUUGGAAACUUCCAGAAGGUGUCAAGGCUGAGGAUUUUGAUAUGAUUGAAAAUAUUGGAAAUACAGCUUCAAGAAUACAAAAUUUACAUGUGGUCGCCACUCCAUAUGAGAAGCUAUAG